GACUCCAUGUGGAUGCGGUCGUCCGCGUGAUCUCGAGCCGUGGGCAGCCGGAGGAGCAGGCAGCGCGCCGGCCUCGGUAGCCGGCGGCCGAAGCGGUCGGACCGGGGACGGAAGGACAGACCGACAUCUCCGAGCUGGAACCAUGUGAGGGCCAGGCCGGGGAGGCGGAGUUCGCGAGAGAUCGGAGGCCCUGUGUCCCGGGCCUCGGCCGGCUCAGAAUGGAACAGAGGAGGCCCUGGCCGCGGGCGGCAGACGGGGACGGCUGGCCUGUGGUCCUGCUCUCGGCCAUCUGUGUGCUGCUGGCGCCCCAGGCGGCCGGCGUGCCCCAGUUCAGCACCUUCCACUCGGAGAACCGGGACUGGACCUUCAACCACCUGACGGUGCACCGCGGGACCGGGGCGGUGUACGUGGGGGCCAUCAACCGCGUGUACAAGCUGACGGGCAACCUCACCAUCCAGGUGGCUCAUAAGACCGGGCCGGAGGAGGACAACAAGUCCUGCUACCCGCCGCUGAUCGUGCAGCCCUGCGGCGAGGCGCUCACGCUGACCAACAACGUCAACAAGCUGCUCAUCAUCGACUACUCGGAGAACCGGCUGCUGGCCUGCGGCAGCCUCUACCAGGGCGUGUGCAAGCUGCUGCGGCUGGACGACCUCUUCAUCCUGGUGGAGCCGUCCCACAAGAAGGAGCACUACCUGUCCAGCGUCAACAAGACGGGCACGAUGUAUGGGGUGAUCGUGCGCUCGGAGGGCGAGGACGGCAAGCUCUUCAUCGGCACGGCCGUGGACGGCAAGCAGGACUACUUCCCCACGCUGUCCAGCCGCAAGCUGCCGCGCGACCCCGAGUCCUCCGCCAUGCUCGACUACGAGCUGCACAGCGACUUCGUCUCCUCGCUCAUCAAGAUCCCCUCCGACACCCUGGCCCUGGUGGCCCACUUCGACAUCUUCUACAUCUACGGCUUCGCCAGCGGGGCCUUCGUCUACUUCCUGACGGUCCAGCCCGAGACCCCCGAGGGCGUGGCCAUCAACUCGGCCGGGGACCUCUUCUACACCUCGCGCAUCGUGCGGCUCUGCAAGGACGACCCCAAGUUCCACUCCUACGUGUCCCUGCCCUUCGGCUGCACGCGGGCCGGGGUGGAAUACCGCCUCCUGCAGGCCGCCUACCUCGCCAAGCCCGGGGACGCCCUGGCGCGGGCCUUCAACAUCAGCGGCCAGGACGACGUGCUCUUCGCCAUCUUCUCCAAAGGGCAGAAGCAGUACCACCAGCCGCCAGAUGACUCCGCGCUCUGCGCCUUCCCCAUCCGCGCCGUCAACCUGCAGAUCAAGGAGCGCCUGCGGUCCUGCUAUCAGGGCGAGGGCAACCUGGAGCUCAACUGGCUGCUGGGAAAGGACGUGCAGUGCACCAAGGCGCCGGUGCCCAUCGAUGACAACUUCUGUGGACUGGACAUCAACCAGCCACUUGGAGGCUCGGUUCCAGUGGAGGGCCUGACCCUGUACACCACCAGCCGGGACCGCAUGACCUCGGUGGCCUCCUACGUUUACAACGGCUACAGCGUGGUGUUCGUGGGGACAAAAAGCGGCAAGCUGAAAAAGAUUCGAGCCGAUGGUCCCCCCCACGGUGGGGUCCAAUAUGAGAUGGUCUCCGUGCUCAAAGACGGGAGCCCCAUCCUCCGGGACAUGGCCUUCUCCAUCGACCAGCGCUACCUGUACAUCAUGUCUGAGAGGCAGAUCACCAGGGUCCCCGUGGAAUCCUGUGAGCAGUACACGACUUGCGGGGAGUGCCUGAGUUCGGGGGACCCUCACUGCGGCUGGUGUGCCCUGCACAACAUGUGUUCCCGCAGGGACCGGUGCCAGCGGGCCUGGGAGCCUAACCGAUUUGCCGCCAGCAUCAGCCAGUGCGUGAGGCUCGAGGUGCAGCCCAGCAGCAUCUCCGUGUCUGAGCACAGCCGGCUGCUCAGCCUGGUUGUGAGUGAUGCCCCCGAUUUGUCUGUGGGCAUCUCCUGUGCCUUUGGGAACCUGACGGAGGUAGAGGGACAAGUAUCUGGGAGCCAGGUCAUCUGCAUCUCACCGGGACCCAAGGACGUGCCUGUCAUCCCUCUGGAUCAGGACUGGUUUGGGCUAGAGCUGCAGCUGAGAUCCAAGGAGACAGGGAAGAUAUUCGUCAGCACUGAGUUCAAGUUCUACAACUGCAGCGCCCACCAACUGUGCCUGUCCUGUGUCAACAGCGCCUUCCGCUGCCACUGGUGCAAAUACCGAAACCUCUGCACUCAUGACCCCACCACCUGCUCCUUCCAGGAGGGCCGAAUCAACAUUUCAGAGGACUGCCCCCAGCUGGUCCCCACCGAGGAGAUCCUGAUACCAGUCGGGGAAGUGAAGCCAAUCACCCUCAAGGCCCGAAACCUGCCCCAGCCUCAGUCCGGCCAGCGGGGCUAUGAAUGCGUCCUCAACAUCCAGGGGGCCGUCCACCGGGUCCCCGCCCUGCGCUUCAACAGCUCCAGCGUCCAGUGCCAGAACAGUUCGUACCAGUACGAUGGCAUGGACAUCAGCAACCUGGCCGUGGACUUCGCUGUGGUGUGGAAUGGCAAUUUCAUCAUCGACAACCCUCAGGACCUGAAAGUCCACCUCUACAAGUGUGCAGCCCAGCGGGAGAGCUGUGGCCUCUGCCUCAAGGCCGACCGGAAGUUCGAGUGCGGCUGGUGCAGCGGCGAGCGCAGGUGCACCCUCCAGCAGCACUGCAGCGGCCCCUCCAGCCCCUGGCUCGACUGGUCCAGCCACAACGUCAAGUGCUCCAACCCCCAGAUCACCGAGAUCCUGACGGUGUCUGGACCUCCUGAAGGGGGCACUCGAGUGACCAUCCAUGGCGUGAACCUGGGCCUGGACUUCUCGGAGAUCGCCCACCACGUGCAGGUGGCGGGAGUGCCCUGCACGCCCCUGCCGGGGGAUUACAUCAUCGCUGAGCAGAUCGUCUGUGAGAUGGGCCACGCCCUCGUGGGAACCACCUCUGGGCCUGUGCGCCUGUGCAUUGGCGAGUGUCAGCCGGAGUUCAUGACCAAGUCCCAUCAACAGUACACCUUUGUGAACCCUUCCGUGAUGUCACUCAACCCCAUCCGAGGGCCUGAGUCUGGAGGCACCAUGGUGACCAUCACGGGUCACUAUCUCGGGUCUGGAAGCAGCGUGGCCGUUUAUCUGGGCAACCAGACCUGCGAGUUCUACGGGCGGUCCAUGAACGAGAUCGUGUGCGUCUCACCCCCGUCGUCCAAUGGGCUGGGGCCCGUCCCCGUCUCCGUGAGCGUCGACCGGGCCCGCGUGGACAACAACCUGCAGUUCGAGUACAUAGACGACCCCCGAGUGCAGCGCAUCGAGCCGGAGUGGAGCAUCGCCAGUGGCCACACACCCCUGACCAUCACGGGCUUCAACCUGGAUGUCAUUCAGGAGCCGAGGAUCCGCGUCAAGUUUAACGGCAAAGAAUCUGUCAAUGUGUGCAAAGUUGUGAACACCACCACCCUGACCUGCCUGGCACCCUCGCUGACCACGGACUAUCGGCCCGGCCUGGACACCGUGGAGCGGCCAGACGAGUUUGGAUUUGUCUUUAACAACGUCCAGUCCUUGCUGAUUUACAACGACACCAAGUUCAUCUACUACCCCAACCCGACCUUUGAACUGCUCAGCCCUACUGGAGUCUUGGACCAAAAGCCAGGAUCCCCCAUCAUUCUGAAGGGCAAAAAUCUCUGCCCUCCUGCCUCUGGAGGUGCCAAACUCAACUACACAGUGCUGAUUGGGGAGACCCCGUGUGCUGUCACCGUGUCCGAGACGCAGCUCCUCUGCGAGCCUCCCAACCUCACGGGGCAGCACAAGGUCAUGGUCCACGUGGGCGGGAUGGUGUUCUCGCCCGGCUCCGUGAGUGUCAUCUCAGACAGCUUGCUGACCCUGCCCGCCAUCGUGAGCAUCGCGGCGGGGGGCAGCCUCCUGCUCAUCAUUGUCAUCAUCGUGCUCAUCGCCUACAAGCGCAAGUCUCGAGAGAACGACCUCACUCUCAAGCGGCUCCAAAUGCAGAUGGACAACCUGGAGUCCCGCGUGGCCCUGGAGUGUAAGGAAGCUUUUGCCGAGCUCCAGACAGACAUCAACGAGCUGACCAGUGACCUGGACCGCUCAGGAAUCCCCUACCUGGACUAUCGGACCUAUGCUAUGCGCGUCCUGUUCCCGGGCAUCGAGGACCAUCCCGUCCUGCGUGAGCUGGAGGUGCAGGGCAACGGGCAGCAGCACGUGGAGAAGGCCCUGAAGCUCUUCGCGCAGCUCAUCAACAACAAGGUGUUCCUGCUGACCUUCAUCCGCACCCUGGAGCUUCAGCGUAGCUUCUCCAUGCGGGACCGCGGCAACGUGGCCUCGCUCAUCAUGACGGGCCUGCAGGGCCGCCUGGAGUACGCCACCGACGUGCUCAAGCAGCUGCUGUCCGACCUCAUCGACAAGAACCUGGAAAACAAGAACCACCCCAAGCUGCUGCUCCGGAGGACAGAGUCUGUGGCAGAGAAAAUGCUGACCAAUUGGUUUGCCUUCCUCCUGCACAAGUUCCUGAAGGAGUGCGCCGGGGAGCCGCUGUUCAUGCUAUACUGCGCCAUCAAGCAGCAGAUGGAGAAGGGCCCCAUUGACGCCAUCACAGGCGAGGCGCGCUACUCGCUGAGCGAGGACAAGCUCAUCCGGCAGCAGAUCGACUACAAGACCCUGAUUCUGAACUGCGUCAACCCUGACAACGAGAACAGCCCGGAGAUCCCAGUGAAGGUGUUAAACUGUGACACCAUCACGCAGGUCAAGGAGAAGAUCCUCGAUGCAGUCUACAAGAACGUGCCCUACUCCCAGCGGCCCAGGGCUGUGGACAUGGACUUGGAGUGGCGACAAGGCCGGAUCGCCAGGGUCGUGCUACAGGAUGAGGACAUCACGACCAAGAUCGAGGGCGACUGGAAGAGGCUGAACACGCUCAUGCACUAUCAGGUGUCAGACAGAUCGGUGGUGGCCCUGGUCCCCAAGCAGACCUCCUCCUACAACAUCCCCGCCUCUGCCAGCAUCUCCCGGACGUCCAUCAGCAGAUACGACUCCUCCUUCAGGUACACAGGCAGCCCCGACAGCCUGCGGUCUCGGGCCCCCAUGAUCACCCCGGAUCUGGAGAGCGGGGUGAAGGUGUGGCAUCUGGUGAAGAACCACGACCACGGGGACCAGAAGGAGGGGGACCGGGGCAGCAAGAUGGUGUCUGAGAUCUACCUGACCCGGCUGCUGGCCACCAAGGGCACCCUGCAGAAGUUCGUGGACGACUUGUUCGAGACCCUGUUCAGCACGGUGCACCGGGGCAGUGCGCUCCCCCUGGCCAUCAAGUACAUGUUUGACUUCCUGGACGAGCAGGCGGACAGACACGGCAUCCACGACACGGACGUGCGGCAUACCUGGAAGAGCAACUGCCUCCCUCUGCGCUUCUGGGUGAACGUGAUCAAGAACCCCCAGUUUGUGUUUGACAUCCACAAGGGCAGCAUCACGGACGCCUGCCUCUCCGUGGUAGCCCAGACCUUCAUGGACUCUUGCUCGACCUCAGAGCACCGGCUGGGCAAGGACUCCCCUUCCAACAAGCUGCUCUAUGCCAAGGACAUCCCCAGCUACAAGAGCUGGGUGGAGAGAUACUAUGCAGACAUCGCCAAGCUACCCGCCAUCAGCGACCAGGACAUGAACGCCUACCUCGCCGAGCAGUCCCGCCUGCAUGCCGUGGAGUUCAACAUGCUGAGUGCCCUCAAUGAGAUCUACUCGUACGUCAGCAAGUACAGCGAAGAGCUCAUCGGGGCGCUAGAGCAGGACGAGCAGGCGCGGCGCCAGCGGCUGGCGUACAAGGUGGAGCAGCUCAUCAACGCCAUGUCCAUUGAGAGCUGAGAGAUGGAGCCUCCCGUUCCUGGGAAGAGGGACCCACAAACACUGUCACACUGGGCGUCUCAGAAGGAAGGACAAGUGAAGGGGGUCAGGCCCCAGAACUUGCUGUCCCCUGAGACCCUAACCCCGGGGAGAGGGGAGGGCCCCUCUCCCCACGCCAGCCAAGUUUCGUCCCAGCUGGUCCCUGCAGGGAGAGACCAGGGGCAUCACAGCUACCCACGACAAGAGGGACGCAGGGGCACAGAGAAGGUGGUUCUUCAAGCUGAGAGGCGCAUCUGGGCAGGGUUCUGCCUCUGUGACUGCUGCUUUGCAUGAAAACUCAUUUGAUGUAUAUUGGGGAAAUAAUGAGAACUUUAUUUAAUUUUUUUUUUUAAGAAAAAGGAAAACCAGAAAUAAAACAAAAAGCCUCCCUGUUCA